AUGGAGGAAUUACUGAGAAGGUUGCCAGGGCUCCGAAAGCUAAAGAUCAAUCUUCAGAAUACCUGCGAGUUCCCAAAACUGAGUAUCCGGAGUCAUCUUGAAGCAGUGACCAUAUCCCCCAAUUUCAACAAACUUUACAAGAUUGUAAAGUACGAGUUUCGAGCUUUUGAUUUUCCCAGCAGUCUCAGGAAAUUGACAUUGGAUGGUUUGCAAGUGAAAUGGAGUCUCAUUUCUGUAAUAGGACAGUUGCCUAAUCUGGAAGUCCUUAAAUUAAACUGA